AUGGGACUAAGCUCCCUGCUCAGAAGUGCCCUCCUCAUCCUCUCCCUGCCAUUCCUCCUUAGGCAUUUCCAGUACUGCUGCUCCCAUGUGCUGGCCCAUGCCUAUUGCCUGCACCUAGAGAUCAUGAAGCUGGCCUGCUCUAGCAUCAUUGUCAAUCACAUCUAUGGGCUCUUUGUUGUGGCCUGCACUGUGGGAGUGGACUCCUUGCUCAUCUUCCUCUCCUAUGCUCUCAUCCUCCGCACUGUGCUGCGCAUUGCCUCCCGCCAGGAGCGCCUCAGGGCCCUCAACACCUGUGUCUCCCACAUCUGUGCUGUGCUGCUCUUCUAUAUCCCCAUGAUUGGCUUAUCGCUGGUGCACCGCUUUGGGGAGCAUCUGCCACGUACGGUACAUCUGAUGUCUUAUGUGUACCUGCUGGUUCCACCUCUUAUGAACCCUAUCGUCUACAACAUCAAGAUAAAGCAAAUUCGCCAACGGAUUGUCAAGAAAUUUGAGUUUGGAAAGCCAUUUAGAUGUUUUCAGUAG